AUGUCUGCCGAAGAAGAUCUCAUCGACUACUCUGAUGAGGAGCUUCAAGCUACCGAGACUCCUGCCACCGGUGUCACAAAUGGUGCUGCAAAGAAAGGCGACCUGACUGUCUCAGGUGGGAAGAGUACAGAUAAGGGAAAGGGCAGUUAUGUCGGCAUCCACUCCACCGGUUUCAGAGAUUUUCUGCUCAAAGGCGAACUGCUACGAGCCAUCACCGACUGCGGUUUCGAACAUCCUUCGGAGGUCCAACAGAAGUGCAUUCCACAAGCCCUUCUCAGUGUCGACAUUCUUUGCCAGGCCAAAUCUGGUCUUGGUAAGACGGCUGUUUUCGUCUUGACCACACUUCAUCAGCUGGAACCCAUUCCGGGCGAGGCCUCCGUGUUGGUUAUGUGCCACACUCGAGAGCUUGCGUACCAGAUCAAGAACGAAUAUGCCCGUUUCAGCAAGUACCUUCCAGAGGUCAAGACUGCUGUUUUCUAUGGUGGUACACCGAUUCAGAAAGAUAUUGAACUACUCAAGAACAAAGAGUCCUUCCCCAACAUUAUUGUCGGGACCCCUGGUCGCCUGAAUGCGCUCGUCCGCGACAAGUAUCUGUCAUUGCGUAACGUGAAAGCUUUUGUCCUUGACGAAUGCGACAAAAUGUUGGAUCAAAUCGACAUGCGCCGAGAUGUUCAAGAAAUCUUCCGCGCGACCCCUACCGAGAAACAGGUCAUGAUGUUCAGCGCCACUCUGCCAGAGACAAUUCGCCCAAUUUGCAGGAAGUUCAUGAGACAUCCUCUUGAAGUUUUCGUCGAUGAUGAGACCAAGCUCACACUACACGGUCUCCAGCAAUAUUCCAUCAAGCUCAGUGAAGGCGAGAAGAAUCGAAAACUCAACGACCUGCUCGACAGUCUCGAGUUCAACCAGGUCAUCAUUUUUGUCAAGAGUACCCUUCGAGCAACUGAAUUAGACAAGUUGCUACGUGAAUGCAACUUUCCAAGUAUCGCCGUCCAUUCAGGAGUUAGCCAAGAGGAGCGCAUCAAGAGAUACAAGGAGUUCAAGGAAUUCAACAAGCGUAUUUGCGUUGCAACUGACGUCUUUGGUCGUGGUAUUGAUAUCGAGCGCAUCAACCUUGCGAUCAAUUACGAUCUACCUGCUGAUGCUGACUCCUAUCUUCAUCGUGUUGGCCGUGCUGGUCGCUUCGGUACUAAAGGUCUUAGUAUCUCGUUUGUCAGCAGUGAUACCGAUGAGACUGUCAUCAAAGAGAUUGAGAGCCGGUUCCAAGCACCGUUGCCUCCUUACCCAGAAGGCGGUGUCGACUCAAGCACCUACAUGGCAUCUUAG